UAGAAAAAAAAAUUACUAUGACGAAAUUGUUAUUUACAAUAUGGUCAUUGGGAUUAAAUUUAUUUGGUAUAAAUAUAUUUCAUAUUUGUUUUGCAAAUUCAAUGAUUGAUGAAGAUGGUGAAGAAUUUAUAACUGGACCACAAUUAUGUUCAAAUAUAUUUGCAUGUGGUGUUUAUAUUAUAAUUGUUAAUGAACGAAUAUUUCCAUCAUCAUUUCGUAAACCAACAUCAAGUGUUAUUUGUGUUUAUGAGUUUUUGGUGACAGCAUUCAUUCUGGAAUUUUCAGUUGCCUGCAUAUGGGGUCCAAUUGAUGUUUUGAUAAUGAAUCGACUUCCUGAUGUCAUUUGUCACACACUGAGUGCAAUGAAGUGUGAAGAAACUGGUGAAUGGAUUAGAAAAAAUCAGUGGUUAUCAAUAAACUCAACUAUUGGUGUUAGUUGUGGUUUUUUAAUUUUUUCACUUUAUGUUACAAGAGCCAUUGAGCUGUCUGAUAUUUGGGAAUAUGGACUUGUAGAAUUUUUUAAUCAGACUAAAUUAAAAUUGCUAAAUAGAUUUUUGAGUGAAUUGCCAAAAGCUGAUUAUGAAAUUCAAAAUAAUUGUCAGUGUCCAAGUAAAAGUAAAAAAACACGAAAAAGUCAUCAAACACAAUAUUGUUUACACAGUCUAUAA